AUGGACAUUAAUCCUGUGAUCGAAGCGCUUCAGGCAACAUUACAUCCACAAUUACGUGAAAAAGCCGAAGAAAAACUAGUUGAAUCUCCUGGAUUUAUCCCAUGUAUCGUGCAAAUUAUUUUAAAUGACAAACUUGACACACCUAUUCGUCAGGCCGGUGCAAUCUAUUUAAAAAAUCACGUAAAUACAUAUUGGUGUGAUCUAAAUUCAACGGAUUCGAGUGAUGAUGACAUCAUUACAUUGGGAGCACUUACAAAACCAAACCCGUCGGCAAAGUUAUUUACAAUAUCGGACGUCGAUAAAGAUUAUUUGAGAAAUGUUUUGAUUGAUGCUGUUAUUCACGUUAAGGAUCCUUUGAGAUGUCAGUUAAUCACAACUGCUGGUACAAUGAUCAAAAGUGAUUUUCCUUCAAAAUGGCCCGGUUUUAUCACUCAAAUUCAUACAUGUUUAUCAGCUGAUAAUUUGAAUCAGUGGCUAAGUGUAUUAUUAGUGUUGUAUACGCUUGUCCAAAAUUAUGAAUAUAAGAAACUAGAGGAUCGUGGUCCAUUGGAUGAUGUUAUGAUUGUCCUAUUGCCAUUGAUGCAUCAACGUUUAAUGCAAUUAUUUACACAUGAUGAAUCAAAUGAAUCGGCGUUAACACAAAAACAAAUAUUAAAAAUAUUUCAUGCUUACAUACAACUUCAUCUUUGUUUUCGUGUACUACCGAAAGAAACAAUGGCUCAUUGGCUUGAUACAUGUUGUUUAAUAUUAGAAAGACAAUUGCCUGCACGACUAAAUGAAAUACCAGAAGAGGAUCGAGCUGAAGAACCAUGGUGGAAAUUGAAAAAAUGGGCACUUCACAUACUUAUAAGAACAUUUGAACGAUAUGGAAGUCCAGCUAAUCUCGCAAAAACACAACAAACACCAGAGAAACUGGAUUUUGCACAAUUUUAUUUGAAAGGAUUUUCUGAUAUUAUUUAUCCGUUGUUAUGUAUUAGCGAUGACGAUAUUGAGUUAUUCAAUGAUGAACCGGUUGAAUUUGUUCGUGCACGUUUAGAUAUAUUAGACGAAUAUAUCAAUCCAGUAUCAGCAGCUGAAUUGUUUUUAAACGAAGCUGCAUGCAAACGAAAGGAUGUGUUAAUGAGAACUGUUACAUUCUUAGGAACAGUUAUACACAACGAAAACAUUACAUUCAAGCAAAAAGAUGGUGUUUUACACAUGUUAGGAGUUAUUGGAAAUGUUUUAAUUAAAAGUCCAACACCCUAUCUACGAGCAAGAGCCUGUUAUGCAUUGAGAAAUUUUUCAAAAUUAGAAUUUUCUCAACCAGAAAAUUUUGCUCAUUGUUUAAAUUUUCUUAUUCGUUGUUUAUGUCAUGAUACUUCUUUACCAGUGAAAGUUGAAGCCGCUAUGGCGUUAAAUUUAUUUAUAUCUGAUAGUGAUGGCGAAAAGGGAAAACAGUUUAUUGUUCCUCAUCUACAAGCUAUUGUUAUGCAAAUAAUUGAAAUAAUUCGUCAGACAGAAAUUGAUGAUGUUAUGAUUGUUCUGCAGAAAAUUGUUGGACUAUUUGAUACAGAAUUGCAGCCGAUUGCCGUACAAAUGACAUCACAACUAGUUGAAUUUUUUAAACAUGUUGUUUUAGCUGAAAAUACAUCGAAUGAUGAAACAAAAGCAGAAGAACGAACUGUCGCUGCAAUGGGUGUUUUAAAUACUCUUGAUACAAUUAUUAGUUGUAUGAAUGAUAAACAAGAUAUUUUAGUUCAAAUCGAAGCAAUAGUUUAUGAAGCAAUCGUGAUGGUUCUUAAUAACGGAAUACUCGAUUUUUAUGAAGAAAUUUUAACAUUAAUUGAUACAUUGACAAUCAACAAUAUUAGCCCAUUGAUGUGGCAAGUAUUUUAUGUAAUUAAAGACGCAUUUUUUCGCGAUGCAGCUGACUAUUUUGCCGAAAUUAUGAAUUGUUUGCAUAAUUAUGUAAUCAACGAUACUCAGUCAUUUAUAUCACAACCUGAUCGAUUAGAAACCGUAUUUGAAAUGUGUAAACAUGUGAUCACCAAUGAUUUAGGCGAAGAUUCUGAAGCUCAUGCUGCUAAAUUAAUCGAAAUUAUUAUAUUACAAUGUCAAGAUCAUAUCACAAUGGCAUUGCCUGCUAUAGUGCAAUUGAUAGCAAAACGUUUUACUCGCGAAAUUGUUACAAAUGAAUUACGUUUAAUGUUAAAUCAAGUAUUCAUAACUAUGCUAUGGUUAAGUCCAGAUUUAUUUUUUCAAACAAUGAAUUCAGUUGCCAUUAGUGAUCCAACAACGCAACCUAUUAUAGCUAAUUUUUUUAAUCAAUGGAUGACUGAUUGUGAACUAUUUGCCGGUGUUCAUGAUAGACGUGUUUGUGCUCUUGGAUUAUGUACUCUGUUGUGUAUAGAUCCGAAAUAUUAUCCUGCAAUAUCUGCUAUUGUACCACAGUUAUUACCAAAUUGUAUUCAUAUUUAUCAAGGCUUAAUGAAAACUUAUACUCAUAGUCAAGAUGACAGCGAUACGGAUUCCAGUGAUGAACUUGAUGACGGUGAAGAUGAUAAUUGUGAAACAGAUGCAGAUUUAAUUGAAAAAUUAAGAGGAAAAGUACCGGAUCAUGAAAUGAGUGGUGAUGGUCUGGAUGAACUUGACGAUGAUAACGAUGAAGAAAGUGAUUUUGAUUUAGAUGAAACAGAUUUAGAAAGCUUUUCAACAGUAUUAGAAGCAAAUGAAGAUAUUGAUGAAUUUCAAACAUUUCGGGAUAGUUUACAAAAAUUACAAAAUGAUAGCAGUGGAUAUUAUACUGCUUUAACAGCUGUUUUAACUGUUGACCAACAGAAUAGUAUACAAAGUAUCAUUACUUAUUCGGAAAAGAGAAGACAAGAAAAAGAAUCAAAUAAAAUUCGUGAUGCUGGCGGUUAUGAUUUUGCGCAAUCGACAAUAACACCAACUUCAUUCAAUUUUGGAGGAUCGUUAUCAAUGAAAAAAGACAGUUGA